GUUGAUGUGGCCUCUGUCCUGCUUGUCCUCUUCCUGUCUCUCACUCCAGGUACUUCCUGUGGCUCAGUGUUGGUGUUUGACGUGCCCAGUAAAGGCAGCAAUAUCACUCUGUCGGAAGUGCUAGAGGAGCACAGGGAACCAAUCACUGACAUCGCCUCAGAGUCGUCCAGAAACGAGGACGGUGUGGCUGACCUGGUCACGGCGGACGACUCGGGGCUCCUCUGUGUGUGGAAGUCAGGGGAGGACUUCAGUCUGGUCAACAAGAUCCCUGCUUACGGGUGCAGCUGUUCGUCGGUGAAGCUGUGGUGCGGGGUGGUGGUGGCAGGGUAUGGCAGUGGCCAGAUCCGGCUGUACGAUGGGGCGUCGGGCUCCGUGUACGCCGAAGUCAACGCCCACGCUCGCUGGAUUUACGCCUUGGACGUGGCGCCGGACACCGGCACACUGCUGUCGGGCGCAGAGGACUCUUUGGUGCGGAUCUGGAAGCUGAGCCGGACCCCAGAGACCAACAGGAUUGAGAUCGAGCAUCGGCACACUGAGUGCGUCACAGAUGUCCAGAUCUGCGGCGCCAAGUUCUGUGACAGCGAGGGGAAUGCCUUUGCCGUGACAGGAUAUGACCUGAGCGAGAUCAUCCGCUACAUGCUGGUGUAGGACUGUGCCGAGGCCGCUCGUCCUUGUCUGAGCAGAGCAAGGCAGGCACUGUUUGUGUGGUUCUCUGCCCAGGUGGCUCUGCGCGUGGCUGUUCGGUGACACAACCUGCACCGAGCAGUGAAGUCAUUCCCAUAAACGGCAACAGUGGGCGACUCGCCCCAAAGUGACCAAAGAAAAGUGAAACACGCCGGAGAGUUUCAAAUUUCCUCCCAGCACGGUACCACCCUGGGCAAGGUUUUUUUUUUCACCUGGGGGAUUUAAACUCAAUCAAAAAAAAAGAAAACGGACAGAAAAGCUACAUGAAAACUCUUUGGCAUGUUUCAUCUUGGCAGUGCGAUGAAUUGUUAAUAUACUGUAAUAAAGUACACUACACCUCCAUAGAAAGAAAAAGGGAGGCAUGUUCAGCUUGGAUUAAUGACUAAAUCAAAGAAUUCAAAAUGGAGCAGACAUCAAAAGCCCUUUAAUAGAAACCCACCAGUAACCUUGAGCCCCGAGCAGGUACGCAGAGCGCCUGUGGAGGAGAGAUUAGCAGAGCCCUGUGCAGAAUGCUGCUGGACUGUGAGGAGACUGUAUGCCGAUGCUGUCCUUGCUGAAGUCCUGGUGUUAUUUUUGUAAAGGUCUGUAUAGGCGUGAACACGUUUGUGAACGUGUCUUAUACACUCUCGUCCAAGCCAGCUGCUUCUGAAAUAAUGUGCUGCUGAUCACGCCUUUGCUGCGGUACACGCGUGGGUCAGGCUGAUCACGCCUGUGCUGCGGUUCACACGUGGGUCAUGCUGAUCACGCCUGUGCUGCGGUACACGCGUGGGUCAUGCUUACAGGAGUAGAGCCUCAGAGGUCAUUUGUAACAGCCAGAUUGGAGCAGCAGCUAGAUCCGAAAUUACUGUAGCCAUCUUCUCACCCUGAUAUGUCUAGAUCACUGGCAUUGUUUUCCAGAGAAAAAUCUGGAUUCUGUAAACAGUCAAUAGUUUCAAACAGCACAAUGUGAUUUCCAGUUGUGUGUUUUAAUGACAAAAUCAGCACAUUCUGCCAAUGUAGUCACGGGGGUUUUUGUUCUUAGAAUGACCAUUUACGUCCACUUAAUGUCUGCAGUACCAGUGUAAAUCUGUGUAUUAAAGAGUGGAAAUUGGGUUUCUGGAAUCUUCUAAAAAAUUAUUGGAUUUUAUUUUUCAGUCUGCUAGGCUUCUAGGUUUCUUUGUAUUAUACGGAGAAAAAAAAAAUCAGGAAUUACUUUAGUGCAAAAAAUAGCAGCCCAAGCCAAGCCAGUCUUACCUGAUCGUUUUCUGUUAACACCAUGUAGUUGUGAAAAUCACUGUAAUAAACACUUAAAAAACAA